GCGUCCACGGGGCCGAAACUCAGCUCUGCGGUUGGUGUCAAUUAGGGCUAUCUAAGGCGAGGCUGCCUCAAAAUGACUUCCUCCCUCGUCGACAGUGAAGUCAUAUUCGAGUUAUUCUGCAUGUUCCGGACACAACUCACGACAUGACGGGCCUGGAUGUUUGGGCUCGGCUCACACUUCUUUUGUGUGGAGUGCUCUCAGCUUCCGCUGUGCCUAACAGCCAAGAACGUCUCCUCAUCACCGCCCCGCCAAAUCCGCAGGCCACGAGCUGCGCGAAUGUGAAAGUGUUGAAGAGGCAGGAAAACUGUGAGUUUGGAGUAUGUGGAGGCGCAUGUUUAGAACAAGGGGCCUUUUGCUGCGGACCUGCGGGCUCUCUCGCCACGUCUCCGAAUUGGGUCUGCGAUAAUGGCGCCUGCAUCACCAGUGUCCGCGGCACCACUGGCAUCGUCGACUGCUACGACCCCGAUAAUCCUCAAGGGACUACUCAAUCCUGCAUCGACAACGUCCCCACAACCACUUGCAAACCAACAGAUCGAUGCUACACAUGGUUAGUACCAACAAGCCUCCAUCAUUCGCCAUUCACUCACAUUCCUUCCCCUCCCCUAGUGCCGCAGACCAGCCCUUCUGCCGCUGGGAAACCUACAUCGCCUCCAGCUCUCCCACACUAAGCUGGUUCUCCUGCGUCGAGACCAAACUUCCCGAUGUAACCUUCUUCGCCGCAACCAUUACCGCCAACCUCACUUCUUCCAGCAGCAGCUCCACCACCGGUACCAAACCCCCUGAGAGCACAUAUCCAGGCCGCGAUGCCGGAGGCGAAUAUUACAAGAAGCGCCCUCUUUCCACGGGCGCCAUCAUCGGCAUCGCCGUCGGAGGCGGUA